UUUUGAGACAUGCAAAAUUCCAGUUCACUCGUUUCAUUAUCCUUUCGUGAAAAUAGCUUUGUUCAGGUUGCACAAAGAAGUCUGUCUGACGCUGGCUUUUCGUAGAUUAUUUUCCAUCCGAGUGUAAUACAUAACAGUUCUUUGUCCAUUCUCUCUCAAUAUAUUUUUGGCAGAGGGAGGAACCAGCAAGAGUUUUAAGAUUUCAUUUACAUAAUUCGACUAGAAAAGUUUUUCGACAAAAAUCAUGCUUCGCCAAAGAUUGUUCAACAUUGCGUUAUUGCAAUUGUGCAUUCUUGGAAUGAGGAUAAAUUCCAGUGCCUAUUUUGCCCUUGGAAUAAUACAGAGACAAAUGGACGGAUCAGAUUCUGCUCAACCGGAAGAAAUUGGAUCCGCACUUAUCGACCAUGAUAAGGAUGUGACCGAUUUAUGGAAUCUUUCGUACGCACUGCUGGAUCACGUCGUCAUUUUUGCGGCGAUUCUCUGCCUUCUUUUUGGAACUAAAGAUGAAAACGAGACUCCAACGGCAUACAAAUGUUUCCUUCUUCGAUGUUGGAUGCUUAUCUCGGUAAUUUACAAUUGGGGAUUUUGUAUCGCCACGGCUCUCGUCGUUGAUUGGACUUUCUGGACCAUUGAUGAAUAUAAUAUUGGACAAUUUAUCUUUGUCUUUCUCAACAUGACAAUUUUUCUCUUUGUUGUGACCUAUGUGAAAAAGAUUGAUGAAGGAAUAGGGGGAGAAAGUGUUCGAUGCAACUUUAAUGGGGGUGGCAGUGGUGACCAGCUUAAUAGAGUUUUGGUCAAACAGUCGUAAGUCAUAAGUCGUGGUUUUAAAUACGUAGCUUGUAAGACUUAUUUUUAAAAUGAUUGAUUAAUGAUCAAUUAGAUUCUAGAUAUUCUGUAAUUGAACUUAAAAAAUAGUUCUUUAUUUCAGUUUUCCUAAAAUCCGGUCAAUUAUUGCUUUAACUAUUUUGAUUUGUUUCCCCUUUUUCGUAGCUGAAAAUAAAAUAUUUUUUAGACUUGCGUAAAAAUUUAAAGUUAAUAAUUAAGAAUAGGCACUAACCAAACAAUGACCCCGUAUAUGAAAAAAAGUCCCAGCAUCCAUCCAUAUUUUGCGGAACCCUGGUAGUAAGAGGGAACACGGUAAGAAUUCUGUUUGCAUCUGCUACUAGUAAAAAUCCGCUAUUUCUAAUAUAACGUAAUGCGACUUGUGGGCUAAAUUAUAUUUAAAUAUAAAUUAAGAUUAUGACAUAAUUCUGGAAAAAUAAUUAUUUCAAAAUUUCUGCCGAAUUAUUACUGCCAUUCGUUGCAUCCGUGAAAAUUGACGUGGAGAAAGCACGGUUCGUCGGCAAUAUUAAAUUGUGGUUGGCACAUUUUUGGUACAUAAAUAAAGCCCAAAGUUCCCAUCGCUUCGUCUGUAAUGUUCCUCCCACUGUAAAAUUCUGACUGAUCGUACGCCAUCAAUGAACCUUCUUCUUGUGGAAUAUUUUGCAUUUCUAAAUAAAUGAGAAAAAUGUAUACUUUUUUACAGCAAUUAAAACUUGGUUGAAUUACUAUUUUAUGUACAUACGUGUAGAAAUAAACGGAUUUAUUAUGUUUGCUUUGUCUCGAAGUAAGAA